AUUAGAAACACUUUGAUAUGGACUCAACUGGGCCGAUAACAACUGUUUCCCACAGGCAGUUACACAAGUUGGGAUGCGUAACUAUUAGCUUGAACAUGGAGUCUUCCUCACCAUCAGCAGCUGAGAACAACAGCAAGAAAAGAAAAAACAACGUGGACACAAAAGAUGAAGAGGCUAAGAGAUUAAAGACAGACCCAGACGGUGAUGAGGCACUGCAGCGCGGACGUCCCUCUGGUUCAAGGAUUUCGCUGAGUCCUGACCGGCUGCAGCAACCAAUCACACUGAGCGAGCUCACAGAGCUGCUACAUUUUGCUGCUCUGGGGACGAGAGGAGGCAUCAAGCAGCCCAGUUGGUGCCACCUGCACAGUCAAAGAAAGGUUGAAGGUUUAAAUGUUGUGAUUGUGGAAGGUCUAACUCAGAGUCACUUCUACAAGAACUACCUCACCAUGGAGCACCUCAGGACCAGCUACUCCACGAGGGUCACCUUCCGUCCAUCCUGCAACAAAGUAGCUUCGGAAAUCUUCAGCAGUGAAGUUCCUAAAAUGGUUUGUUCAUCUGUUUGCAAACCAGAUAAGAAACUACAUAGAGCAUUGAAAUACCAUCCAGUUAUCACCACGUUUGGGACACAAAGAAGAGGAUUAACUGCUUAUGUUCUCACCCUAGAACAGAUGAUUAAAAACCACUAUCCCAUCAAGGGAAUGCCAGGGUUUGAGGAUUUUGUGUGUACAGACAGUGCUGACUGUGUUACGGACAGCAGUCCACUGUAUGGUCUGGACUGUGAAAUGUGCCUAACAGAGAAGGGGUACGAGUUGACUCGUGUUUCUCUGGUGGAUAGUGAUGGGAACUGUGUACUAGAUGAUCUAGUGAAACCUCCAAAUCGUGUCCUUAACUACCUCACCAAGUUCUCUGGUAUCACUGCAGCGAUGUUGCUACCAAUCAAAACCACCCUGCGGGAUGUUCAAGCAAAGCUUAGGAUGCUGUUGCCAGGCGAUGCAGUUCUGGUGGGCCAUUCUCUCAACAAUGACCUCAGAGCUUUGAAACUCAUCCACCAACAUGUAAUCGACACUUCACUGCUGUACAAGAGAGAAUUUGGACAGAAGUUUAAGCUGAAGGUUCUGGCUGAGACUGUGCUGAAGAGGCAGAUCCAAACUGAAGAGAAAAACGGUCACAAUCCCAUCGAGGAUGCUGUAGCAGCCCUGGAGCUGGCCCAGUAUUUCAUCAAAACAGGACCUCAUCAGGUUGUGGAGCUUCAUUUGGAGGAGCUUUGGGGAUACAAAAUUGAGGAGGAGCCACCUGACUGCACAUCUGCACCAACACCAAGUCACAGGUUUGCUGACAUCCUGCAGGCACUUGGUCUGUCUGUAGCCUUUUUAGGAAAGCGUGCUGACAUCGCGCUGGCUCUGUCCAAUCAGCAGUGGUACAGCUCUGACAGAGAGGUGUUGGCAUCUUUCAGGAGACGGACAAAGUCCCCAUUCCUCUCUGUCCUCCAGUUUUCCUCCCUCUCAGACCAUCUGAAGAGGUGCUUCCCUCAUCAGGAGCAGUUGUAUCAGACUGUGUGUCCAAAUCUUCGGGAUAUGUGUGUUGUGUUUGCGGGGCCCUUCCCUGCAGGUUUCUCACAGAGGGAAGUAAAGCAGCUUUUUUGCUGCUGUGGACCUGUUAGAAAAAUCCAAAUGUUGAACACAAACAUCAGAGUUCAUGCGGAGGUGGAGUUUGAGCUGCUGGAAGGAGCAAUGCUAGCUUUAAAAACUCUGAAUGGACUCAGCGUGCUAGGCCAACCCAUCAAGGUGCAGAGGCCUGUGUAUGACUCAAUGCUUGACCUGGAUCUGAAUCUCGAUGCUUUAAUGGGCGACACUCUCAACACCAAUUACCUUUAUGCUGUUAAACUGAGUCAGCAUAUGGCUGACAUAAAGUUUAAGGGACAUAUAUUUGAUGCAAAAUGUUCAAGUGUCGCUGAUGGUAAGACAACAAAUGGGUUACCACCUGCUAAAAUAAAUGGUGAAGUGUUUAAGCUCUCCAGCACUGCCUGUAAACUGUCCGAGGAGGCCGUCAUGGAGACAUUUGGUCAUUUUGGUGUGGUGGAAAGCAUCCUUCUGCCCGCCAACCCUCUAAAACAUGCAAGGCAUGCACGCAUAAAGUUUGAGAGUUCAGCUGGCAAACAUGCAGCCCUCAACUCCUCUGGGGAUCUGCUGAAGGACAACUACCUAAUUUGUCCAUCCCUGACUCCUCCUCACUUACCUUCAUGGGUUGCUAUGACAACAGUGGUGACUGCAGCAGAAGUACGUGGGGAGUCACCAGAGGAACAGAGGACAAACCAUGUGAAUAACAGUUGUCAGGAUCAGAAAAUGCAUCACAUGAUGAAGAAGCUGGACUGGCGACUGCGAAAAGUGUUCAAGUCCCUGCCAGAUGGUACCUUGUCUGUGGUACUGCUGCUUGGACAAACCAGCACAAAUUGCCACCAUCCUGGUUUAUGUCUGUUGGAAAUUAAACAAGCUUCUUGAGGAACAAGAACUGUGGUCUUCCAGAUCCAAAAUUCUUUAAUUGCUUGGAACUGGAUAUUCUCAAUAUUUUUUUUAAAAUGAGCCUUUCAUUGAAAGAGCCAAGUGCAGUAUUUAAUAUUUUAUACACUGUAUUUGUUCUUAUUGCCUGGAAACAAUCUCAAAACACGUGCUCAGAGUACAGGAAGAGAAAUUAAAGAUGCAAACCCUGAAAAUCAAACAUAAAUGAUGUAGUUUUAUUAAAGUGAUUAUUUUAAGAUAGCAUGAGCUUUUAUAUUUUUGGUCCUAUGUAUGAAGAUGGCUAUUACUGCUGUUCAGAAGUCAGUUGUGUCUA